UAAUUAUUAUUAUUGGCCAAGUUGCUUUCUUGCAAAAGCAAGAAACUUUGAUUGGUUUUUUUAUUGCAUGCAAUGAAGAUUUUGGAUUAUGGCCAUCAAGAAUAAUCCAAAAAAAUAGUUGCAUCAUUAUUUUUUUGUAUAGAGAAUUGUCAGAGAAGGGAAGUAGAAGGUGUUUAAGUGUAGGAACUAUAGAAAUGGUUGAAUAAGUUGUGGUUAUCGGUGGUAUUCGUCACCUUGAUUUCCUUGUAAGUAAGUAGUAGGCCGAGUUGUUUCGAUUUGUUGCAGACAGUUUUGUUGAUUUCUUUUAGGGACUGUUUUGAGUUUUGGUUUAUCGACUUAAUCUUGAUGAACAAUUAUCGAGAAAUGGAGUACAAACGUGAAACAUCAAGUGUAAUUUUGAAAUUGAUGGGACUUGAUAAAGUGCCUUCCCAAAAUAGUCCUGUUAGAAAUAGGCACAAAGUGUUAUCUGAGGAUUAUCUGCAGAAAGUUGCUUCUAUUGGUGUCAGAAAGAAGCGUUCGUCUGUUCAGCAUCAUUCUUUUGGAACGAGUAGUGAUAAAAAGGAACGAUCCAACGAUGUCUUGAAAGUGGUCAAAAUAAUACGUAGAGAUAAGAACCAUAACCCGUCAAAGGAAAAUUUGCUGCAUCAACAGAAAACGAAUAAUAGGUUGCGAAUUGUUGUCCAUGGAGGAGAUGGAUUGUUUGAAACAUAUAGGUUUUCGAAAUCUCAAUUUGAUGGGGAGGAUGUAACUUUCAACUCAAGAAUUUCUGUAACGAAAGCGAAUCCUGGGAAAGAAGGAAACGGUGAAAUUAAAAGGAACAUUAGAUGUAAGGUUGGUUUCAGUUAUAGCUUUGCAAGAAAAGUUCCAAUAAGAAAAUCUCUUGGUGCCGCUUCUAUUAUUUCUGAUAAUUGUGGAACUUUGACUACGGAAGAUUUGUUUCAGAAAUAUUGGGGUUUAAGAAAGAAUGUGUCCGCAAAUCGGUCAAACGAAAAGUCAGAGAAUCAAAAUAUCAAUCAGAAGGAUUGUUCAGAAGAUAUGAACCUAAACUCUAGCAGUGAGAAAUCCAAUUCUUUUUCCUCAUAUUUCAGUAGUAAUGAAACUGAGAAUUGUACUGACCUGCACAAGAUGAAGAAGAGAUGUUACAGGAAUGAUUUGUCCGAAACGGAACCGAUGCUUUCUCAAUUGUCAAGCUCGGAUCCUUCACCUUCCUUCAUAGAAAGUCAGAUCUUGCAGCAGACAUGUCUGAUGAAUGAAGACGUGAAGAACAAUGAAGAUGGUGACAUUUCUAAGAAAAUUACCAUGUCUCUUGGUUCAUCGGUUGAUUUCUUGGUGUUGGAUGCAAAGAGUAAAGUCGUUGGAUGUUCCGAUAAUACUUCAACCACUGAGCAAUCUGAAUCAAAGGUCUCUGUAAUAACACUCGGAGACAUUGAUUCUUUAAGCCAUUCUUCUUGCGCUUCAAAGCAACAGGAGACAUCGGAAUGUCAAGAAGAUUCUGCGUACUCACUUUGCACCGAGGCUGACACGGAUUCUCUUGGUAAUUUCCAGGGGGCAUUUGAACCAAGUCCAAUUUCAGUUUUGGAUUCCACAUUUAGCGAGGACAUUUCGGUUAUCUCUGAAUGUGGUGGUUCUGGUGUAUAUGAUUCCUCUGAUGUGGACGAUGAAGGACUUGAGUUGAAUGUUUCAAGCGAUGAAGAUUAUGGGAACGAAUCUGUAGGUGAUUUUGAAGAGAAGAAGGAUAUAACAGGGUUAUCUAGAACAGAAGAAAGUAGAGACUUCUCCUAUGUUGUCGAGGUCUUAACUGAAGCAGGUAUAUCUAAUGCAAACUUGUUCAAAGAUAUUUCCACAUGGCACUCUGCAGAAUGUCCUAUUAGCCCUUCUGUCUUUGAAACCCUAGAAAAGAAAUUCGGCGAGCAGCAACUUUGGAAAAGAUCCGAAAGACGGCUUCUCUUCGAUCGUAUUAAUUUAGGGCUGUUAGAAAUUCUCCGUCCAUAUUUAUAUGUUCCGAUGAUGGAAAAGCCCGUGUCGAGAAGAAUGAAUAGCGAACCAAGCCAGAACAUGAUUGAGGAUGAAAUGUGGGGGUUGCUUGUUUCGCAAGAAAAGAAAGCUGGAAAGGAGUCGGCAGACAAUAUGCUUGGAGGAGGGGAAAUUAGAUGGAUAGAAUUAGGUGAAGAUGUUGAAGAUAUUGUUAGAGAGAUAGUUAAGUUGUUAGUAGAGGAGCUUGUAGAUGAUAUAGUUGGGUUGGAGAAUUUUUAAAAACUCUAGCUUUGCUUGAGGUUAUAGGUUUUUGAUUUAUUCAAGCAAAUUCAUUUGCAAGUUUGAAUUGGCGAGGUUGAUUUUAAGUUGAUUUUCGAGUCGAUUUUGAGCGGUUGAAAGGUUUGAAGUAGGAUAUAGGUAUAGAUUGAUUAUUGAUUCAUGUGGAACAAUAUUGUGUUUCAUUUUGCAUCCAAACAAAGAAAAAGGAAAGUGUUUGUGAUUUGUAUUUCAGUAUGCAAUAGUACUUUUGUGCAACUCAUUGCAUUGAAUUAGACUUUAAAUUGUAUUUUGAAAUCCAAAAUUA